AUGGCCAACGCGACCAUGUUUUACCACCUUCCACCUCUACCCGAUUACACGCUCAAGCCGCUGCCUCCGAUCGUGCCUGGCUUCGAGGACAAAUACCUCGUCAUGGCACUGCUCGUGGUGGCAUACUGGGCUGUGUCACUUUUCUUCCACCUGAUCGACGAGUGGGACUUGUUUCCGCAGUACCGCCUACACACACCGGCCGAAGUGUUGAAACGCAACCACGUCAGCAAGUGGGAUGUGUUCAAAGAUGUGAUUAUUCAACAGGUGAUACAGACAGUGGUUGGCCUUGGACUGACCAUGUUCGACCCGGAGCCUUUCUAUGGCAAAGAGGACUACGACGUGGCCUGGUGGGCGCAAAAUGUGCGUCUGGCACAAAGAGCUAUUCCCGUGGUGUUGGGCACGAUUGGGCUGGACGUCAAGACUCUGGCGAACAAUUUGGGUGCCUCCCAUGCGAUGCUGGCAGGCGCGCUCUCUGGUGGCUUCUACCCAGAGCUCAUACAGAACACGACACUCCUCGGAGAGUCUGUUCUAGCACCUUCGUUUGCAAGCUGGGAGAUGCUCGUCGCAAAGGCGAUAUACUGGGUUGGCAUUCCUGCGCUGCAGUUCCUGGUUGCCAUCUGCAUCGUGGACACAUGGCAGUACUUCUUGCACCGCGCCAUGCACAUGAACAAGUGGCUGUACACCACUUUCCACAGCCGUCACCACCGUUUGUACGUGCCAUAUGCAUACGGUGCUCUCUACAACCACCCCGUCGAAGGCUUCAUGCUGGACACUCUGGGCACUGGCAUUGCCUACCUUCUAACUGGCAUGACUGUCAGGCAAAGCAUGUGGUUCUUCACGAUGUCAACGAUCAAGACUGUGGACGACCACUGCGGCUACGCUUUCCCAUGGGAUCCACUGCAGCACAUAACCAGCAACAAUGCUGGGUACCACGAUGUUCACCACCAGAGUUGGGGCAUCAAGACGAACUUCUCGCAGCCGUUCUUUACAUUCUGGGAUGGAUUCCUCGGCACGAAAUGGACCGGAGGAGAUGUCAGCGCACGAUAUAAAAGAGCACGCAUUGCAGCGCAAAAGAAGGUGGAUGCGGAUGCGACUGUCACAGGCUCCACGCGAGUGGAAAGUGCGGAGAAUGAUAAGGUCUACGCCCAAGAUGCGUCGAAGGCGUCCACUACCGCAAGGAAGGUGCAGUCAGCCGCAGAACCCACAAUACCUACAGGCAAGGCCGCCAACCACGCAAUAGGAUCACGACAGCAGGUCCUGGACGACUCAGCCGCGGGCGGCAUGCACAUCAUAGCCGAAGAGACAGCAGAAGAAGUGAAGGCACGGACAAAGUUGCGACAAUCUCAAAUACCUCGGAAGAGGACAACAAGUUCUGGCAUGGGACUGAAAGGGUUCGCAGAUAGGGUAGGCGAGUCUUUACAUGGCAAGGGAACGGGAGUACUUGGUGUGGAGAGCCGAAGUUCGAGGUAA